AUGCAAGCGCCGAGGAGUCCAUCCCGGACGCCUUCCUACGCCAGCACCGCUGAGACUGGAACGAGCCCGCGCAAUGCCGCCCUCCUGGGAGCAGCGACUGCCUUUGGGCGACCACCAACCAAAGCGAGGGCCCAGGAGAAGACACCCAGCGGAGUAAACAGUGCUUUAGCAGCGGCAGCGAGAGCUGGAACCAGCAGUCCGUCACCAAAUGCCAGGCUGAAAUCGCCAGCUCCACCUCUUCAGCGGCAGACAACUGGCGAGAGCGUGCGAAGUGUGAAGAGCAGUGCAGACAGACUUUCACUGGGCGCGAGCCGAACAGCACGCCUUGGAGUGCCGGAUCCGGUGAAAGAGCCUUCCAAGUCACCUUCAAGGCAAGCUGCUUCAUUUGCUGCUGCCAGCACGCCUCAGCCCUCGGCCCCGAAUGUCAAUAUCGCGACAAGCAGCGCACGAGCGGACGAGGUGCGGGGACCUCCGGUAGGAUCAAAGCCGCGAUCGUUUCGCACACAGCAGCCGCAGAAUGGCAAUCAAGACAGCAAGCAAACAGACUCCUCGCCGAUACCGCCCACGACCUCGCUGGUUGACUUGUUUGAGCGCAAGUCUCGCACUCCUGAAGGGAAGAGGCCGGAGCCUGUGGUCAUCAAACCAUCCAGUCAGCUGGCAUUGAGAUCGCCAAAACCUACUAGGCAAUCUGGAGGCAUCACAUCCUUGUUUGAGAUGGAGUUGGCGGGUAAGGGAGGUCUGUCGAAGAGCAGCCAGCACAACGAUUCCGCUUCGCCGCCUGUGCUUCGCCCACCUGAAUCUAGGCGAUCUUCGAGUGGCUCAUACGCAUCUGCUUCUGAGGACCCACUAAGGGAGACUUCUCCCAUCAGGCGAAGUCCCUCUACCGUCCGUGGCCCAAGCAGGAACCGGAAAGGCACGGAGCCGCCAAUGACCCAGUCACGCAACUCUACCGUCCAAGCCGUGCGCAUACCACAUGCCGUAGCCGGCAACGUUGCUGUACGAGCAGAGUCACUCGCGCCAUCUUCAGCAUCCGCCAAAUCAAUACCGGCCCAAUACCAUCACAUGUAUCCUGCACGCAAAAUGACGCCAAGCAUGACAGGAGACCAGCUGGCCGAUGCCAUGGUUGCUGGCAGUCUUGCUUCUUCACGCGCGCCAUCACCCCGCAAGAUGGACCCUCCGCCACCGCCGACUAGGCGCCACAAGCACAUUGCGAACCUUGGAUUCUCUCGAACUCCGAGCCCUACAAAAAGUGGUAUGCGGCACACGAUGCGAAAGGAGGAGUCCGAAAGCUCCGAUGACAGCGACGAGUUACACCCUUACGGAAAGCACAAGAAAAAGCGACACCUGCGGAAGCAUCCAAACAAGCACCACGAGGGCGAUCGCAAGCGAUGGCGCGAUGCGGUGACUGAGCGCGAGAGAAAGCGGUACGAAGGUGUAUGGGCCGCCAACAAAGGCUUGCACUGCUCUUUCACUCUUGAAGAACAGAUGAAAUUCCGGAAGUCACCUAAAUCGCAGCAGACGGUUGAUGUCCGAGAGGCUGCUGCUGACCAAGUCUCGAACAUCAUUGCUCGAGACAUCUGGAAUCGGUCUCGACUGCCGCCGGCUGAAUUGGAGACUGUCUGGGACCUUGUGGACACCGGAGGCAUUGGCCGCUUGAAUAGGGAGGAGUUUGUCGUUGGCAUGUGGCUCAUCGAUCAGCGACUGAAGGGCCGCAAGCUGCCCGUGAAAGUCAGUGGCACUGUUUGGGCGAGUGUGAAGGGGUUGCAGGGCAUUAAAAUUAAGAAAUAG